GCAGGCACAAACGCACAUCUUCAUCAACAACACGCCCCACUUCGAGUUACUACGAUGCCUAUCUCUAAGAAAGCCAGAGUCCAGCGCGAGCACAAGGCCGCUGAAAAGGCCGGCACCCGCGCACCGGUCAAGGCCAACGGUCUUCCCGUCAAGGCUCCCAAGCCAACAUCAAUUUGCCAAAACUGCCGCAAAGAACUUGUCGCAACCAACAAACCACAGAUGGAGGCACAUGCAUUGACUCACGACCAGAAGCUGUGGGCAAAGGAGAAGUGCUUCCCCAAUGAUUUCUCUUGAAAGCAUCGCAACGGAUCAGCAAGGGAAACCCCUGCACCGACACGUUACAGCAUCAGAGCUGUACAUAGUCCGCGCGAUCAGAAGAUGCAGACGUGUGCGACCUCAAGAGACGGUUUGUUUCGGGAGUUUAUUACCAUUGGGCGGCUGAGCACAAAGAGGCUGACCUCAGAGCCGCCACAGGCACGAUCAAUACGAACUUGAUAUCAUGAAAAUGCAGUCCCCAG